GAGUGACAUCACAUCCAGCGAUCAGCGUUCAUUGAAACCGAAAGUGGAAGUUUUUAGGGUAUUUCGCUGCGUAGGUUUCUCGUCUUCAAAGAUCUGCUGGAAAAGAGCGAAAAGUCUUCGAUCAAAUUGCUGCAAAUGAGGGCUGUGCUGAUGAGAUCUCAAGCUGAUGGAGAGCGACCGUAUUAUGUUAUUGCUGCUUGUGAUUCUGGCUUCAGUGAAUGGUAAAUUCAUGGUAGUUGGACCUUCUGAUCCUGUUAGAGCCGUUGCAAGUGAAGAUGCUGUGUUGGAAUGCCAGCUUUUGCCAGAUAUAUUUGUCAGCAGCAUGGUGGUGCAGUGGUUUAAAUUGGGUCUCGAUUCACCAGUACACGUGUACAUAAAUGGAGAAGAUCACAUUGCUGCUCAACACAAGGAUUACAGAGGAAGGACGGAACUGUUUAAAGAUGAACUGACCAAAGGAAACAUUUCUCUGAGAAUACAGAACAUAACACGAUCUGAUGGAGGAGAAUACAUAUGUUCAGUUGAUGACCGAACUGAUUCAGAAAGGUUUACAGUUGGACUGGAAGUUGUAGGUUUUGGCUGCGAACCAUGGAUUCAGAUGAAAGGAUAUGAUAUAAAUGGAAUCCAGCUUGUGUGUAAAUCCACUGGAUGGUUCCCUGAACCAAAGAUAGAGUGGGUCAGUGAGGAUGGACACAAUUUAAUACAAGCUGAAACAACAUCCCACUGGGGCUCAACAGGUCUUGUAGAUGUCCACAGCAACAUUGUAAUACCAAGACAAUCAUCAAACAGAUUAACGUGUCGUGUACAAAACAACGUCCUGAAAACGGAACAAGAAGUAACUAUCGGGAUAUCAGGUGAUUUCCUUCCUGUGGUUCCUGUCUGGCUCGUGCCAUUGCUGGUUGCAAUUCUGGUUCUAACUGUGGCCAUUUCUGCCAUGACUUAUUGGACUGUGAAACACUAUCCACACAUGAAAGAACUAGAACUUUGGAAAUUUAUCAUAGAACACGGUAAGAGUUCAACACCGAAAUAUUCAUAAAUUAUCAGUAAUGUUUGUUUUGAUAUGAUUGUAG